AUGUCAUUCUUAAAGGAUUUAAUAGAAUCAGCUUUCCCAGUUGCUUACGCUGAAGAACCAGCUGAAGAAGAACCUGUUGAAGAAGAAGAAUCUACCCAAGAGUCCGAAGGUGACGAAAAGGAAUCGGGUGAUGAUGCCGAAGAAAGUGACGACAAAGAAUCGGGUGAUGCUGAAGAAGGUGACGAAGAAGAUGAAGAAGAUGAAGAUGACGAAGACGAAGAUGACGAGGACGAAGAUGAAGAAGAAACAGUUGAUCCAUUAGACUCUUUACGUGAAGAAUGUACCAACACCCAAACUUGUAAGCCAUACCUUCACCAUUUUGAAGAAUGUAUUGAAAGAGUCACCAAGGAACAAGAAGAAGAAGGCUACGAACAUAAAGCAUACAAAGAAGACUGUGUUGAGGAAUUCUUCCACUUACAACAUUGUGUCAACGACUGUGUUUCCCCAAGAUUGUUCCACAAAUUAAAAUAA